AUGGGGGCUCGGAUCGACCGCAUUCGCCAUGGCGGGCCAGCCAACAAGCCUGGUUACACAUUCUACCCAGUCCUGAUCAUCGGCGCCGGCGAGUCUGGCAUUGCUAUGGGCUGUAGACUGCGGCAGGUUCUGGGGUUCGAUCAAUUCCGUAUCUUUGAGCGCAGGUCUGCCUUGGGAGGGACAUGGCAUACCAAUCAGUAUCCCGGUAUUGCUUGCGAUGUCCCGGCUAUCCUAUACUCGUUCUCCUUCGCCCAGAACCCUCACUGGACAUCCUUGUUCCCCUCGGGGCCGGAGAUCAUCCAGUACCUCUACGACGUAUGCGAAAAGUUCGAGAUCCUGGAUAAGAUCCAGCUCGACACCUCGGUCAAGGCGGUGCGUUGGAUUGAUGACGUCGAAGAGUGGGAAGUCGAGCUUGAACAUCUCGCGCCGGGAGUUGGCGACUUGUCUACCCGUGAAAGGCGGGCGCUGGAGGCAGGGAACGGACCUAAUUCCAAGACGGUCCUGCGCACAGAGAUUGUGCGGGCAAAGGUGGUCUGCAGCGCCGUGGGCGGGCUGGUCGAACCAAAACCACCCCUCGAGGUCCCUGGGAUUGACACGUUUGAAGGCGACAUCGUCCACACUGCGCGCUGGGACCCCGACCUCAAUAUCCGGGGCAAAGACGUCAUUGUCAUUGGCACCGGUUGUUCAGCUGCCCAAGUCCUGCCUCAGCUCGUCAAGCCCGAACACGGCGCCAAACAUGUCACCCAGCUGAUGCGCUCGCCGCCGUGGGCCGUGCAAUUCCUCCCUGCCGAAGCGCAGGAGUUCUGGAAGAAAUGGAUCCCGUUCCUGUCCACGUACAUUCCGGGCUUCCAGAACGGCCUGCGCAAGUUGAUGUUCGCCAUGCUCGAGCUCGAGUUCGUCGAGCUGUUUACACCCAGCGAGGCCGCGAGGCAGCGACGGAAGAAGAAGGCCAAGGAGCUCCUGGCCUACCUCCACAAGACGGUGCCGGAGGAGUACCACGAGAUCCUGACGCCGGACUAUGAAGUCUUCUGCAAGAGACGCAUCGUGGAUGACGGGUGGUUCCAGUCCCUCUCCCUGCCCAACGUGGAGAUCACCACGCUGCCCAUCACAUCUAUUCAGCCGCGGUCGGUGACCCUGGGCCCUGGCCGCCUAUACCCGCCCAUGUCCAAGACGGAUUCCAAAGCGCCCACCGAGCAGCGUACGGUGCCGGCCGACGUCAUUAUCAUGGCCAAUGGCUACGAGACCAACCAGUGGCUGCACCCGCUGGACGUGACGGGCCGGCAAGGGCGGUCGCUGUACAAGACGUGGGACGAGCGCGGCGGCGCCCAAGCGUACCUGGGCACCGCGAUGGACGGGUUCCCCAACUUCUUCAUGAUCUUCGGCCCCAACACGGCGACGGGCCAUAGCUCGGUGAUCCUGGCGAGCGAGAACAUGGUCAACUACUCGCUCAAGUUUAUCGGGCCUGUCCUGCGCGGCGAUGUCUCUACCGUCGAGGUCAAGGAGAGCGCCGAGCGCAAGUGGACGGCGGACCUGCAGCGCGAACUGCGCAACAGUGUCUUCAUGUCCGGCGGCUGCGUCAACUGGUACAACGAUGCCGCCACGGGUUGGAACGCCACCGUCUACCCGCGCACCCAGGUCGACUUCACCCUCCGCUGCAUGUUCCCCGUCUGGCGCCACUGGGACCUCAAGUACACCACCAAGGGCCACGUCAAGCUCGCCGCCUCCCGCGCCCUCAGGCUCGCCGGCCUUGUCGGCCUCGUCUGGUCCAUCGUCUUCACCCGCAAGCACGGCCUGCAGAGGACAAAGGACAUCGUCCGCGAGCUGCUCAGAACAGGUGUACAAGGCGUUCGAGCCGUCCUGCUCAGGUUGAGAUAG